AAUAAAACUUUUGCUCUUGAGGAAGUGACACAGUAACCCAUAUCCGGCUAAACGCGGCAUUCCCGGAAGAAACCAAGCAGCUGAUCCGCGAUGCUUUGCAAGUAAUCAGAAGACUCAUUUCAACGUGUACCAUGGGUACACACGGGCGUUUGUUUGCGUUAGUUUAGGAAGCUGGUUGCUAUCUACGUGCUGUAUCAAUGGCAAUUUGCUAGUUCACUAGCAGCGGUCCGAAUACAAGCAAACUUUUAAUAAACCUGAGAUAAACACUGUGCUUCCCCAUUUCCCUGCUCUACCACUUGGUGCGUUCCCCUUGUCAGAGGCCAUGCCGGGUGGAGUGGACAACGGUGACUUUGUGGGGAGCCUGCCUGCCAUUGCCUCCCUGAAUGCGUCCUACUCGCAGGCCUCUCUGUCCCUGCCGCCUUCAUACUACCUACCCACCCGGAAGGCCAUCUCGGACGUGCGCCGCACCUUCUGCCUCUUCGUCACUUUCGACCUCCUCUUCAUCUCCCUACUUUGGAUCAUCGAGUUGAAUAUCGCUAAGAACAUUUGGGACAGUCUCCAGAAUGAGGUCAUCCAGUACAACUUCAAGUCCUCGUUCUUUGAUAUCUUUCUCCUUGCCCUUUUCAGGUUUUUGUGUUUGCAACUGGGGUAUGCAGCUUGUCGGCUAAAGCAUUGGUGGGUCAUUGCGAUCACCACCCUAGUGACCAGUGCCUUUCUUGUCACCAAAGUCAUCCUUUCAGAUCUGUUCAACAAGAAUGCCUUUGGCUACGUGCUGCCCAUCGCCUCAUUCGUGGUGGCCUGGCUGGAGACCUGGUUUCUGGACUUCAAAGUCCUCACCCAAGAGGCUGAGGAUGAGCGGGCGUAUCUGGCUACAGUGCAGGCUGCCUGUGAGCGAGCCCCUAUGAUCUACCCCAGAGCGGUGUCUGAUGGACAGUUCUAUUCCCCACCUGAGUCUCUGGCAGGCUCUGACGAGGAGAUGGAUGAAGACGGUGUGGGCAGGAAGGCUGUGACCACACAGGAGAAGGAGUUUGUGAUGCAGGGGAGGGAGGCCAUGACGGUGGUGGAACAGAUCCUCUCUCAGGAGGAGAACUGGAAGUUUGAGAAAAACAAUGAUAUCGGGGACUCCGUGUACACCCUGGAGAUCCCCUACCAUGGAAAAACUUUCAUCCUCAAGGCCUUUAUGCAGUGUUCUGCAGAACUGGUAUAUCAGGAGGUGAUUCUACAACCAGAGAAAAUGGUACAGUGGAACAAGACAAUAUCAGCCUGUCAGAUAUUACAGAGAGUAGAUGAUAAUACUCUGAUCUCGUAUGAUGUCUCUGCUGGAGCAGCAGGGGGCGUAGUUUCACCCAGGGACUUUGUAAACGUCCGUCGGGUGGAGCGCAAGAGAGACUGCUACAUCUCUGCCGGCAUGGCAACCACCCACGAAGUGAAACCUCCACAUAGUCGCUUUGUCAGGGGAGAGAACGGUCCAGGUGGAUUUGUGGUUCUGAAGUCCACCAGCAAUCCUUCAGUGUGUACUUUUAUCUGGAUCUUAAACACUGAUCUGAAGGGUCGUCUGCCGCGGUACCUCAUCCACCAGUCUCUGGCCGCCACGAUGUUUGAGUUCAUGGCCCACCUGCGCCAGCGCAUCACCGAGCUGCGCGGCAACUACCGGUGACUCUGAGCUGGAGGCCAGGCUGCACGGCUCCUCCGCAGGCCGGGAGGAGAUACUGCACCCUCUGGGAACACCCAGUGGGAACUCGGCACAGGGUGGUUUUCGGGGACUCGUGUUCAAAGUGGGAACUCGCAUGUGAACUGAACUAAUAUGGACCGAAGAAGAGAACCCUAAACUCACAGGACACUCAGUACGUCUUAACUGAGAUGCCUCUCUGCCUUAGAGCGUCAGGAAGGUGGUCUGUUAACCAAGCCGGACCACUGAGAGCGCCCCCUUCAGGCAGCAUGGAACUCAGUCUAGUCACUGACAGACUCGAGACUGCUUAGCCAUGCUGCUGGCAAGGAUGUGAACUCGCACCCUUUCAAGGCCACAAGGCAGCUGAUUAUACAUGGGCUCCUGAAGCCUUGGCUGCCUUUAUCUAUCCUUUGUUUAAGCUAUACCUGUCUCUUUUUAUUUAGUUUCUUCCUUUGCCCCUUUCUGGCUGUUGCCAUCACGUGAUCCGUAUGCCUGACCGUUCAUUGAGAGGUCAAUUUGCUCAUCAGCCUCUCACGUUCCUCUGAAGUCCACAUGACGCACAUGUGAUGCUUACACACCCUCUCCUCACUUCACUGUGUUGGAACAGGAAUAGCACCUCUACCGAGCCUUUGGGGUAAUGCCUGUCCACUCCUCAGACGACAGUGAGACUGCCUUACGUAAGCAUUAAUGAAUCCACACAUAUGCACACACAUAUACACGUUGGUCACGUUAGUUAAGUACUUGUUCCAUGGCGUAGGGUUGACUAAAUAGGACUGUGGGGCAUAUAGCCAACUCCAUGCUGCAAGAAAGACCCGGAGCCUGUCUGCAAUUGACUAAUGUCUACAGCAUACAUGUCAGGAGCUAACAAGAAAUGUGUUAACGUUUUUGUUCUCUAAGCAAUGCUUGUUCUGUCAAAAAUCCCUAACUAGCGACUGACAAACUGCUGUGGCUGCAUCACAGGCAACUGUAACCAGACGAUGCACUUGUUUCUUUCUCUCUAAUCUGGAAAAUCCGACUGACCAGCCCUAACAGGCACAGCAGUGGUCACAUAAACAUUACAAGUCACAAGUGUAACAAGCGUUUCAAGCCUCCCCUGCUGCACUCUUUACCUGUAGCGGCCAAGUGGAUGUGGUUCGCCUCACCCAAGACCGACAACAGUGAGUUUACGACGUUUGUUCUUAUUUGCUGCGUGGAGGGAUGAUGGGGUUGCGAUCAGUUAGUCUGUGGACCUGGCGCAGUCUGAUUGGUCACAUCACUUGACUUGUCAUCAUGAAGAUGUUAUUGCAGAGACGGGCAAUCGGGCAUGUGAACCUGUGGCGCACAGAGUUCAGAGAGAAGACUGGGCUUCACCAGCAGCAGAAUGUGUUUUAAUUUCUUUUCUCUGUUUUUAGGGGAAUUGGAGUGGGGUGGGGUGGGGUGGGGGGGCUGUAAUGUUCUGUUAUUUUGCAGGGAAUGUUUUGUUGUGCCUUCCUCACUGUGUAGACCAUGUUUUGGAACUGAAAAAUAUCAAUGUAGUUGCAGCACAGAUUUUUCAUUUGUUCCAUUUUAGGAUAUAAAAACUGUUUUGUUUCUUUGGCUAAGCCUAUUUCUUUGUAAAAGACUGAAUACUAUAGUGUAUUUAAUUUUUUAUGAUUAUAUUACUCUUCAGGGAAAGUGCUUGAUGGCCAUUUCCAUCAGUCUUAAACUUAAGACAUCUAUCAUUUUAAAGAAAAGUAAAUUAAAACCUGAAAUUCAAAUCCUUAAUAAAAUUAAACAUGAAGAUUGA